CGACAGGGCAGCGCGAUGUGGACACUUCUCGCGGCAGCGGCGGAAGCUCUGCCUCCUCAGUGUACGCGUCGCCAUGGCGACCGCGGCCUGGGUAACGUUCGGCGCUGCUGGCCGGGGGCGCGAGGAGGGAGCGGCGGGGCGGGUUCCAAUGGAACGGGCCGGAGCAGAUCCCCGGGGAACAUGAGCCGCGGCAGCUCCAGCAGCGGCGACGGCAGGUCGCGCGCAGGGGCCGCCAGCUCCCGGCUCAUUGACGUGACCGGCAACGCGGCGCUGCUGCCCGCCGCGGAGGUUCAAGAUCAACUCACCAUAAUGAAGAGACAAGUGGAAGAGAGAGUGAAUUUAAAUGCUAUCUGUAGUGUUGGAAGAAACAAAGGAAGAACAGAGGCACAAAAGGGAGCUUAUGAUCACAUUCUUUUGGAUAUACCCGUCACUCGAGAACAGACAAAUCAUCGGGCUGUGGCUGAAACUGCCCAUAGUGAACUUGCAGCACUUCUGGUAAAGUAUGAAUGUGCCCAGUCAGAGCUUCUAGAUCUCAGAUCCAAAAUGGUCUCUAAAGAAGUCUCAUUGCAAGAGCUGAAGGCUGAAGUGGAAAGCUAUAAGGAAAACAAUGCUAGACAAUCCUCUCUACUCCUCUCUUUGCAAAAUCGAGUUCAGGAGAUGGAGGAGGAAUCGGGUGUGCUUGUCACUUCCAAAAAACAGACAGACCUAACAGCACAGGUUUUGCUCCAGGAGAAUUGGGAGCUGAAGGAGAAGAUCCAUGACCAAGAAGCCAAACUGAACAAAUAUUUGAAUGAGUGUGAAGAAAGCAAGAAUCAAGCUUCUAAGAUCAGUUGGAGGCAUGGUGAAUUCUUAGCACAGCUUUCUGGAUUCCUGGACGUCGACAUCAGAGGAAAAGAGGAACCACACAAACAUUUCAUUUCAAAGGUCAAUCAGAUGCAUAAAGAAAAUACAAUGCUAAAAGGGCAGAUUGCCACUCUUGCAGAGGCUAUCAAUGUUCAUGAGAUAGAAUCAAAGGCUAGCAGAGAAACCAUCAUGAGGCUUGUUUCAGAAGUCAGCAAAGAGCAGAAAAGGGCCGUAGCCGACUCCCAAGACAUGGACAAGCUUAACAAGGAUCUGGACAGUGCUCUAACAGCCAAACAGAGUCUAGAGAAGGAGAUCAGAAGCCUCCAAGAUAGGCUGGCUGCUAGCCAGAGAGCUUGGGAAGCCUCAAAGCAGGAACUGCACCACCUGAAGAGAUGUUCCAAUGAGAUGGAUGGGAGUCUGAAAAGCAGCAUUGAUGAGGCCAGGACUGCUCAAAGCCUGCUGAGUGCUUUUAAAGAGCAAGUUGCUACCCUUCUCAGCAACAGUUCUGUAACAGUUAAACCUUCUGAGGAGGCCAUAAUGGAAAGAAUUCGAGAACUGGGCCACAGGGAAGAGAGCAAAAAGAUAAUGGUGUUCCAGCUUGAAGCCCAAAUCAUUAAACUGACUGAGCAGCUGGAGAAUCAGACCAGAUUGCACCAGGAGGCUCUGCAAAAGGCCAGGAAAGCAGAAAAACAAACUGAGACACUCCAGGAUCAAUUGAUGCAUCUGGAUGGGGAGUUGGUGUUUGGAGAUGUGAUGCGAGAUGAUUUGAAUCUUAAGAAACAAAAAUAUCUUAAAUUUCUAGAACAACUUUCAGAUAAAAUGAAGCUGGACAGCAUUGCAGCUGAAAUUGGGCUCAAUGUGACUCUGGAUGUGAUUCUGGCCCGUGCAGAGCAGUUGGUCAAACUGGAAAGUGAUGCAGUGAUUGAAAACAAGACUAAUGCAAACAACCUACAAAGGAAGUUGAAAAUUCAGAAAGAAAAGCUUGAGAGCAAAGAGCUGCAUAUGAACCUUCUGAGGCAGAAAAUAUCCCAGCUGGAAGAGGAGAAGCAAGUGCACGCAGCCCUGGCUGUGGAGAGAGAUGAGGCAAACCUAACCAUCAGAAAGUUACAUAAGAAGGUGGAGAGGUUACAGAAGGAGCUGGGCCUGGCAAGAGACUCUAACACUGACCUCAAAGCCAAACUGUCUGACACCAAUGAACUGAAAGUCAAAACUCUGGAGCAGACUAGAAUCAUUGAGGAACUAAACAAGUCUCAAGGCAAGCUAGAAAAGAUGAAGGAGAAGGCUGAGAAGCAGCUGAUCUGUGUCAAAUCCGAAUUACAGUUUACAGAGCAUGAAGCUAAGGAGGAUAAAGAAAGGGCCAGGAGUAUGCUAGAAGCAGUUACCAGUGAACUGAAGGCGCUUAAAACAAUCCUGGCAGAGGUAUCAAAAAGAGAAAGGCAGCUGGCAGAGUUCCGUGAGGUGGUCUCGCAUAUGUUGGGCCUUAAUGUUACCAGUCUUGCACUCCCUGAAUAUGAAAUCAUCACACGUCUCGAGGGGUUGAUCCAUUCUCAUCAGCAUCAUUUUGUUCCCUGUGUCUGCCUCAAAGAUGUGGCAGUGAGGCAAGAUGGACACUCGCAAAGCCACUUACAGCUUCUUCACUGAACAGUGCCUCUUUGAGAGACAGGCGGACAGAACUCGGCUGGCUCUUACUGUUGAAAAUGAACAGCAGCAUGAGUCCUGAUUGUGGGUGAUUUGAGCAAAUAUUCCUAUAACCAUCUCUCUCCAAAUGGAGUGAAAUCAUGGCCCCACUGAAGUCAAGAGGAGGUUAGCAAUUGCCUUCAGUAGAGCUAGGAUUUCACCCACUGUACUGGCAGCGAAACAAAAUACAGAAAAGGAUCCAACCUAAAUUUAAAUUUCUUGCAUUCUAGACACUGAAGUAUUUUUAAUAAGCAAUAUUUUUAAUACAGCUAACAGAUGUCUGUUUCCCUGUCCAGGAUCAAACGUAUCUAAUUCCUCCUACUGUUAAUGGCAGUUAUCUGUACAAAUUCACAAAUCUUGAUAAGAGACAAGCCAUAUCACCCCCAUUAUAAAGCUUGUAAGUAAUCAUAGACAGUAUGUGCGGUAUAGACCCACCUCUGCUGCAUGGCUCAUAGAACAGCCAGAUUGUGAAAGUUCUGUUGGGUAGUUGGGCAGAUAAAAGAGGUAGCUAUUCAGUUACCUCCCCCAACCAACACAUGCUUUGCUCUCAUCAUUGCUAGUCCCUCUGCGCCCACUGUAGUUGAGCUUUAGAAGCUUGAUUGGGUGGUGGAAAGGCAAAGGGUAUGAAGUAAGGAAGCAGCAUGCUCUCACCUCAACAGAGUAAGUUGUGAUGCAACACACAUUGUAAUUGCAACAAGUUCCCUUUUGCAUAAUUAACAUACUAUAGAUGAGUUAGGAGCAUGUGGCAUCUCAACAGACAUUACUCCAGUCAUUGAAAUUAUUAAUCUAUAUUUUAAGGAAAAUGAAUUAUAAUCUUUACAAUCUUUUUUUAGAAAAAUGAUUUUAGCACAGGAUUAGGAGGGAUUACAUAAGCAAUGCACAACUGGCUACAUGCAGUGUAGUCUUUUUUUAUUUUGCUUUUCUCUGAAACAUCAGUUAUUGACUAUUUUUGAAUGAGGAAUACCAAACUUGGCAGGCCAGUGGUAUGAUCAGGUAUGGUAAAUCAUAUGUUCCUAUAAUUAUUUAGAUUAACACUAAUUUACUUUCUUAUUUUCUACUGUAAAAUGAUUUGUUCACAUACAAGUUAACAAAUAUUCACAAAUAAAAAGGAAAAACCCUAAUAUUCACAAAUAUAAAAUAAUACUUGAGAUAUAGGGACUUCUUUCAUUGAAAAUAACAGAUUACAGAUUAACAUUUUAUCGGUCAAACUGAACUGAUUGGGGGUGUUUAGGUAGGAAGAGGAUGUACAGAUAUACUAAUACUCAGAUAAGGUUGAUAGUAGUUUCAGUCUGUGCUUUUGUUUGUUCCAUAAUUACAUUGGUGGACAGAGUCUUUGCCAGCUAGUGUAAAGCCCUGUCAGCUGUUGUUUCUUACAUACACACUUUUAAAAUACUGAAACAUGCUUUAUAAACCAUAAAUUGAACAAACUAAAGUAAGAAAUUAGUGUCUGAUCAUACUAGGUGUUGAAUGUACUCCCAGUAGGAGUUGUGUGCAUUUGACAACUUUCAGAACUAGUCCCUCAAAACACCCCUAAGAGAUAUGUAUUUUUAGUUCUCUUUUACAGAUGGGGAAACUGAGGCACAAUAAUGACUUGCUAAAGGCCACAAAAGGAUUCAGUGUCUGUUAAGAUUAGAGCAUGGAAGUUCCUGGGAGCUCAAACCAAGAGACCAAGGAUGAAAUUCUGGCCCCUUUGAAGUCAGAAGCAAAACCCUGCUGAUGUUAGUAGAGGCAGGAUUUCACCUCAGGUCCAAAGAAAGGUUUAGUCUAGUCUCUUGUGUUUUGAGCCCAAGAGUAGCAGAAUCAGGAACUUCUGAGUUCUAAUUUUGUCUCUGACUUUGUUGCCUCAAUAAGACGUAUCAUGUACAAUUUUUAAAUUGUUCUAAAUGUAGACAUAGUACAUCAAUGAAUAUAUCCCUUAUUCUAAAUAUUUGCUUUUCUUUUGGAAGAGUUACUGGCAUCUUUGCUCAUUUAGCUAAAGCAAAUAAAAAAUAAAUAAAGCAGUAGUUUGACAUGAACAAAGUUCAGAGUGAUUUUUUUAACCAUGCAAUUUAAUUAAUCCCAAACUGACUUGUAAUCUUCUAUUCGGCUUUGUUUCAUGUAACAUUGAGAACUUCAGACUCAUUAUUUUUCACAAGGAAAAUUGAUUUAGGUAAAAUUCUCUUUGAAUCUUUCAUUUUCAAACCAGGAUGCAGCAACCUAAAUCCAAAUUAAUUAAAACCUUCCCCAAAAUAUGUUUUAAGAUUGAAAAGGCUUGGAAUACCAUGCACUAACCAUUAUUCAUAUGAGAAGAGUGUUGUUUUCACUGGGCUUGCUUCUGUGAGUAAGAAUUAAGAGUAAGUGUUUGUUUGCAGAAUCAGCCAUUAUUUCUUUAUAAGGAUUACCUUUUCACUACAGUAGAGGAUUAUAUUGGGUACAAAAUAUAUAUAAAAAAAUUGAAAUGCAUUUGCUCAUAAUACGCAUAAAGCUAUAGAAUGUUUGUUUUCAAUUAAAGGCCAAAAAUUUGCUCUCUGUUACAGUGGUAAAUCUGGAGUAAUUCCACUGAAGGCAGUGGUGUUACUCCAGAUUUGCAAGGGUAAACAGAGCAGAAUUUGGCUCCACUUGUUUACAAUUUUCAAGGUAACCACUGAAAUUAAAUAAAUAAGUUGCCUGUAACUUGUUGAAUUUAAUCUUUUUCUCUCUGCCUAUCUUUCUUUGAACAAAUUGUCUCUUACAGUAUUUGUACUGGAUAAAAUACAAUAUUGUAUCAUGUGUGCCACAAAAAUUCUGAUAAAGCAUUGUUUUUAAAAAAGGAUGUGAUUUUGAGUUAAUUUUUGUACUUCAUAACAAACUUGUCACUACUAUGUUUUGAAAACAGAGAAAUUAUGCAAUAAGGCCUUGAUUCAGCUAAGCACUUAAGCAAGCUGAAAUGCUUUACUGAGUUUGAGUCUAGAAGACGAGAUCCCCAUGAAUAAGUGCUCUACAUGGUGGAGACGUUUUUUUAACUUUGAGAACAUAAGCCAUUGACAUUUCUUCAAAAACCGGGGGACCAAUGGUACUCAUGUGAACUGGUCAGUUAUUUUAUAAUUUUGAAGAAAAAACAAAUGAGGGGACCCAAAGCUUAUAAAAUGUUGACAACGAAAAUCUUGAGUAUACUUCCAGAAUGAUAGAGAAUUUCUGGAGCAAAGCUACUGUAAAUGCCUUUUUCACCAAAACUCUUUGAUAGUAAAAUGUUUUCUGUGCUAGAAAUGGUAGAAUAGACUAUCAAAGGAAGAGAAAGAGACUCCUUGAAGAGGAGAAAGUAUCAUGAAGUUAAAGAAAAAGAUUAUGUACUGGUAGGACUGGAACACACAAAACCAAAUGAAAGAACAGGUUUAGAAACUGGCUUGGGAGGAGAGGGAGAUAUGACCCUGAACCCCAUAUUCUUCACAGUAAUAUUAUUAUGAUAUGAUUAUGACAGAAUUAUAAUGUAUUUUAUGCCAGGUACAUCAUGUGAGGUGUCAUUGGAAAAGUUAUGAUUUGCUGAAUAUGAUUAUCCUAUUGUAUGCAUGUAUCAUUUUUGUAUCAGAAGUUAUGAAUAUUGACUAUGUAUCUGUAUUUCAAAUGUAGUUACACCUGGGUAACACCUGCUAGACAAGAUGCUUUCAGUCUAAAUAGUGGGUUGGGAAGGGUCUAUUGAGGGCAAUGGGCCAUUAGGAAAAAAACAAUAGGCUUUCUGAGAACCUUACCUCCCACCUGGGGAGCCUUCUUGAGAACACUAUAGACAGUUGCCACAUAAUAGCUGCUAUGAAUCUACAAGGACAUGUGAUCAGACCACAUGAUGCUGGACUCCAUCUUGAGAUGUCAGUAUUUUUCCAUGGACUGGUCUGGGAACCAAGCUUUGAAAGAAAGUGUUCCUGCCAUAUGCAAAACCUAUAUAAGGCAGGGAGUGACAUCAUCCGGUGUUCUUCACAUGCCACCCAAGAAGACUCCUGGAAACACCUGAGGAACAAAGACUGAACUGGGGGAUGUGUUGGACCCAGGCUAAAGGGAUUUUUAUGAAUGAACACCUGUGGAUUCCAAGCUAUAAGCAAGUGCAGCUUCCCCUUAAGCUGUAGCCUGCUUGUAUCAUUUCUUAGGGUUAGAAUCUGCUAAUUCAUAUCCAAUCUUUUUAGUAUAUUAAGCUUGGUGAGCAUUUUUUGUUUAUUUGCUAGGUAAUCUGCUUUGAUCUGUUGUCACUUAUAGUCACUUAAAACCUAUCUUGUAGUUAAUAAGCUUGUUUUUGCUUUAUCAAAACCAAUGAGUUGGAGUGAAGUGUAUGGGAAUCAUAGCUCGGGCAAAGGCCAUUGCAUAUUCCUCUCCACAUUGCAGGAGGGGGUGAAUUUUAUGAGCUUGCACUGUAUAGUUUUCUGUGCAGCACAAGAUGGUAUAAUUUUGGGUUAUACUCCAUUGGGGGGGUGUGAGUUUGGAAAGCUAGGAAAUUCUCUGCUGUCUGCUGCAUGUCUUUGAGUGGCUUGGGUGCAGCUGCUCUUGCAGGUAGCUCACUUUCCAUGUGUGGCGCCAUCUGCUGUUGUGUUUGGUGAUAACAGGCUCUGGAUUAGGCUGGCUGUGUCCCCAAGCAGUGUGAGCAGAGCCAACCCAACUGAGUGGUUAGAGGGGUCCAGCGGUUCCCACAGCUGCCAGACUGCACCCCAGGGAUGACAGCCCAUCACAGGAGGGAUGGAAGAAUUGGGGGUUAACAGAAAGGACUGGUAAGGUUGCUCAUUCUUCAUAAUUUUCAAGCAGCAGUUUUCAAUUUGUUUUGGUUCUCUUGCCACAAGAAGUGAUAAUCCUGCAUAGAUUAAAUUGUCUGAAAUUUUUUUGGCAGGAGAGGGUUGAUCUUAGAUGGUUCUACACAUAUAAAUGUUGUUCAGCAAUAACCUUGAAAUUACAUAAAAUGAAAGGACAAUAAAACAAAAAAAAACCCCAACUUGCCUGACAAAACUGUCAAAUUUCUCUGGCAGCUUUAAAGGUCAGCUGAUGACUCAUGGAAACAAUGAAGAACAUUCCUGUUAUAAAUUGAUGAAAAAAAUCAGAUAUUUUCUGUGGGUUUUUCUUCUUCUUAUUGAAGGCAAUAUAUCAUAUAUGAAAACAAGGUGCUUUUCUUUCCUAGGAGUUCAUAGGCUUCUGUGGCUUAUGUAAUAAAAUUACGUUUGUCAACACGAUCUCCACAACAGCUGUGAUAUCUCAGACCCCACAAUCGGUGCCCUUAUUGAUAGACUAAAUAAAGUAAUUAUGGAGUGAAUUGGCAAAGAGAUUGAAGCAUCCUCUUAGCCUUCCCUAUCAUUCCUCCAAUAGGUAACAGGUAUAGUAAUAGGGCAGUGGAGGUAAGCUUGCACUGCUGUCUCUCGUGCUGUACCUAGUCAAUGGAUCCCAAUAGGAUUCAUUCUGUAAGUCAGCUUGGCACCUUUCACAGACACAAAAUUUAUAUUAAUAAACCUCUGGCCUCUUGAACUUUUUCUCACCUAGGCAAACUUAUUGGUAGUCAAUCACAUUCUCAGGUUCCCAAAUGUUGUUUAGGCCUGUAAAGUGCUGAAUGUGUCUGGAGCGGUACUGAGCACAUUUAACUUCAGUCAGAGUUUGGCAUACACAGAACUUGCAGGAUCAGGUCCUGCAUCCUACAGACAUUCUUGUUACUGGUAAUACAUAUAUCUCUAACUGUAGAAACAGACCCUAUGUGCAUUUCAUUUUAAGUAUUGUUACCACAGUUUUCAAAGUUACUUCUAGAAGAAGUCUGGUCUAUUACUAAAUAGUAUAGAAUUGAAAAAACCUGAAAAAUAAUUUGUCCAUAUCACUUUCUGUUUGCAGGUAGAUUGCUGAUAACUUUUGUGUUAUGGAUGUGAGGUAUAUACAUUGAAACUGUGGUCAUGCUUGGUACCAUAACUACUAUGGUAUCAUCGCUUAUGCUUGGGACAGGAGUGAAAAGAAAAAUAACUUAAAGUAGUUAUGGUUGCAUUUCAGUCUAAAAGUAAGAAGAUUAACUUUCUGAGCUUCAUUACUAUACUCUAAGGAGAGAUAAGGUGGGUCAGGUAAUAUCUUUUAUUAGACUGAAGAUGAGCUCUGUGUAAGCACCAAAGCUUGUCUCUCUCACCAACAGAAGUUGGUCCAAAAGAAGAUAUUACCUCACCCACUUUGUCUCUCUAAUAUCCUGAGACUGACACAACUACAACAACACUGCAUACAUGUACUCUGAGUUAUUUAAAUAAUUAAUCUAUCUGUUCGUAAGUGAUUGCUAUUUAAAUUAAACAAGGUUCUGCUCAUUAUUAUGCUCUAUUAGAAAUAAUUAACAGAUUACAUUGAGGAAUAAUAUAAUUCAUCUCAAAAGAUCUGAAAGUGCUUUACAAAUGUAAACCCCUAGACGGUUUUAUAUCUCACCCAAGAGGGAGCUGUUUAAGUUUACUGCCAAUAGUCAUAGGAAGUGGUAGGUUUAGAUUUUAUGUCACUGUUUACUUUGGGUAACAUAUUUCUGUGUUUUAAAAAUAGUUAACCUAAGUACUGAGUUGCUACAAUGCUAAACACUAGAGAAAUCAAUGAACAAGUGAAGAACAAAUACUCUGUCCAUCUCUGGGUAAUAUGGGGCAUUUAGCAUUACUCGACUCCCCUGGACACAGGAAAUGAAGCAUAUUUUAUUAGUUGAAACUUCAAUUGAAUAAUGUACCAAUUGAAACUGAAUGUAGGUAGACAGAAUAUAAUUUGGGUUGGUGUUUGGCAAGUUACAUGAGACUUAGCAUUGAUUCAGAGUGCCAAAUACUGAAUCAUCAGUAUUAUUUCAUGUGGGGAUUGUGUUUCCAUUAGAACAGUGCUACUCAAAGUGGUGGUCCGCAGACCGGUGCUCGUCCACGAGCCAUCGGCUGCCUGUCUGCGCACACAUUGGAAAAAAAAAUUGCCAGUCCCUCACAUCAGAUAGCUUGAGAAGCACUGCCCAAGAAGACUGCUGUUUUGAGUAGGAAUCCAGCAGUGUUUCUGAGAUCUGAGGGAAUCAAAGGAAACAUAUUUCCAGUUUAUUAUUGUUACUGAUUUUUGCAAUGAAACUUUGUUUCAGAUUUUUUAAGUUUCUUGUUUCAGUGACCAUUUUGAUUUACAAUUUUUUGUAAAGAAGCUGUUAAAAUUUCAUACAUAAUCUGGACAAGAAUCUCUGUACAAAAUCAUCCUGCUGUCCCCAUAUAACUAAGCAUGAUGAUGCUCUCUUCUGAUUACAAUAUUAUGUAGUAACCAUCAAACACAAAUUUAAAUACAUGUGUAAAAUGGGUAAAAAGACACUUUAAAGCAUCUUUAGUCCUAUCCAAGCUGUAUUCACAAUAUUUUUUUGUUUUAUAAAAUGGAGGAAGGCAGUAAAUCAUCCACCUUUUCCC